CCGUUCGCAAACACCACUGUUAAGCUCCUUUUCCCCCCCUCCUCAGUAUAUUCGCAUCGGCACCAUGUCACAAACCGUCCCGGCGCCACUGCCGCAGGGUGCCGGCUACGCUGUCCUCGUCGCCUUCGGCUUCGCCUUUGCGGCCGUCAUGGUCUACAUCACUCACCUGCUCCGGCUGUACAAUAAUGAGAAUAACGCGAGGUUCGAGACGUUCGCGACCGCAGGUCGGAAGAUCGGCACCGGCUUGACUUGCACGGCAGUUCUCUCAUCUUGGCUGUGGUCCACCGCUGUGCUCAGUAGUACAGUGGUGACGUACAACUUUGGCUUGGCUGGAAGCUACUGGUUUGGAGCUGGCUGCCUUGUGCAGAUUACCUUCUUUGCCGUCGUCGCCAUCCAAUCGAAACUCAAGACGCCUCAUGCCCACACCAUCUUGGAGGUCGUCAAGUCGCGCUAUGGAACAACAGCACACGUGCUGUACACUUUCCUGUGCUUGCUCAACAACCUCAUCGCAUACGUCAACAUGGUACUUGGCGCUUCGGCAACCAUUGCUUCCGUGACGGGGAUGUCAAUCAUUGCCGCCUUGUGGCUCCUUCCAAUUAGCGUCGUUAUAUACACUCUGAGCGGUGGCCUGAAGAGCACGUUUUUGGCAGAUUACCUGCACACAACGGCCCUGCUGAUCAUCGUCUGCUGGCUCUCCUUCAAGACGCUUUCCAAUCCAGAGAUCCAGUCGAUCCACGGGUUGUACGAGCUUGCCACGGUGGCCGCAGCCAAGACGCCUGUGAAGGGCAACUACGGCGGCUCGUACCUCACGCUCGCCUCACCUUCUGCGCUGCAAUUUGGCGUUCUGCACACGCUGGGAAACUUUGGUCUCGUCCUAAUGGAUUCAUCCUACUGGCAAAAGGCGUACUCGGCAGACAUCGCCGCCGCUGUGCCCGGCUACAUUGCCGCCGGCGUUCUCUACUUCUCCGUCCCCGCGCUCCUCGGUGGCGUCGUCGGACUCGCAGCCGUCGGCCUCUCGAACAACAACUCGCCGAUCUGGCCCACCAUGGGCCGCGCCCUUACCGACACCGAGCUCAACAACGGUCUCCCGCUCGCAUACUGCGCCCAGGCAGUCGCAGGAAAAGGUGGCGCCGUUGCUGUCCUCAUUCUCAUAUUCAUGGCCGUCACAAGCACGACCAGUGCCCAGCUCGUCGCUGUUGGCUCCACCUUCUCUUCCGAUAUCUAUCACUCGUACAUCAACACGAACGCAAGUGAGAAGUGGAUCAUCCGAAUGACACACCUCGGCGUCAUCCUCUUUGCUGUUCUCGCUACAGUCCUCGCUGUCGUCUUCCAAGUCAUAGGCCUGAGCCUCAUCUGGACGCUGUACUUUUUGGGGAUCAUCGUGUGCCCAGGUAUGGUCACCAUCUCCCUUACUGUGCUCUGGAAGCGGCAAACGUGGGCCGCCGCCGUGAUCUCGCCACUCGUCGGCCUGGUCGGUGGCCUGGCAACCUGGCUCGCCACCGCGCACCACUACUACGGCACGCUGGACGUCACCACCACCGGCGAGAUCUUGCCGUGCCUGUGGGGUACGAUCGUCUCUGCCGUAGUCCCCACGAUCUUGUCGCCUGCAAUCAGCUUCACUUUCCCACGCGACAACUUUGACUGGGAGCGCUUCUCAGACAUUAAGCUGAUCUCCGACGACACUGCGUCAGAGAUCGUCGAAAAGACUGGGGUGACCGCCUCGCAAAAGACCUUCAUGCGCAAACAGUCCUUCAUCGCUUCCAUCGCAUCGCUCGUUCUGUUCCUCGGCGUCUGGGUCAUCACCCCCUUCUCCCUGUACGGGGCGCGAUACGUCUUCUCAAGACCUUUCUUCACCGGCUGGGUGGUUGUAAUGAGUAUAUGGGCGCUGUUGACUCUCCUUUUCGUCGUGUUCCUGCCACCAAUCGAGGGCCGCAACGUGAUCAUGCGCGUCUUCCUUGGGGCGAUUGGCAAGGCCCCACCCGUUGCAGACGAUGCCAAUGUACCCGAGACGCCUGAGGGUGCGCGCAGCAGAAGCCCUGCAGCGAGCGUCGCGCCGACGCUCGACCCGGCUGCAACGGUCACACCGCCGUCACGAUCCUCGCAAGAUGCCAAAGUCAGCAAGGCCGCUUGAAAGCAAACAGUAGACACUUGUAAAAAUGCGACUACACUUUCCUCACACACGUGAUCAACUUCGGCCGGGUCUACAGGCCAAAAGUGACCUUGUGUAUUGGAUGUAGCGAUGAGAAACCCGCAAAAAGGAGAAAGUAUCCGAAACGCGCCUGUGUAUAUACUUCGCGCGUGCAUACAGUAUA